AUGAAAUAAACUUUGAAAUUAGUAUUAGUACUUCUUGGAUUUUAUCCUAAAUUUUUAAUAUGCUUAAUUUGCGACCCGAAAUGCAUAUCUUGUGAUUUUUUAGCGAACUGUAGUUCAUGUUAAAUAGGCUAUACUCUAGAUCCUGUUUCAUAAAAUUGCAUAUCACAAUGCAAUAAUGGAAUGUACUAUUUCGAGCCUUCUUAAUAAUGCUUACCUAGCUGUCCUUAAGGCUUUUUUGAAAAUUAAUAAACUAACGCUUGUGCAUCUGUAAAUUAAUGUGAUCAACUUACUUAUUAAAGUGGUAAUAAAGGAUUUUAAUUUCAUAUAAGUUCAUAAGUUUACUAGAAUCUAUUGAUUGUUAGUGGCAAGUAAAGCUAAGGAGCUAAUGCGGAAAGCUAUUUAAAUGUAUAUACACUCAAAAACGAUCAAUAUGGAUUCUAUACAUAUGGAACACUUGAUGGACAUAAUUCUUCUAUUAUAUCUUUAACUAUGCUUGAUGGAUAAUACAAUUAAGUUCUCAUUACUGUAAGUAAAAAAAUGAUUAUAGCGUGGGAUAUGCAAUAUGGAGUGUUUAAAUCUAGAUUAAAUUUCACAAGCUAAUAAUUUGUAGAUGCAAAUUCAUUCUAUCUAGACAGUAGCAUGUUGGUCCUUAAUUAUAUUGAUAGUAACCAAUUUGUAGUAUUUUUUCAUAAAAACUGGGUUUAAUCAUUAUUUUCUCCUAACUAAAUUACUUCUACUUAUUUCUCUACUUUCUUUACUAAAUUCUAAAGAGUGCAUACAUUUCCUAUUGUUGGGUUUAAAUUGCUUCUUACUAAUUAUUUAAUUAGUUUUGAUAAUAAUAAAAUAGUACAGUGGAGCAUCACAAAUAGUUAGGAUUAUAAAAUUUAUUCAAAUUUUAAUUUCACAAUAAAUAAAAUUUUCACUUUCCCUUAUUAUCAAGAUUAUCAAAACACUAGUCUUGUUGCUGUGACGUAUUAAGAUAAUGCUAUGAUUAGCUUUAUAAUUAGUCGAAAUGAUUCUUAAAUUGUGUCAUUUAAUACUAAUCAUUAAUAACCUAUCUUCAACAUUUUAUUUGACUAAAAUAUUUAAGCGCAAUAUUUAAUACAAUAAAAUAUUUUUCAAUUUAUUUCAUCUAGCUAGACGGAACUUAAGAUAUUUUAAUUUAAUAUGAAUACUAAUGAAUAUCUGCCUAUUUCAAAUUUUUAGUCAUAAUAUUUCCUAAUAAAAUAAUUAGGAAAUCAAACUUUUAUUUUGAAUUCAAGCGGAUUAAACUUGAUAUCUAUAAUGCAAUAAUAAGAGCCAACCCAGUCAUAAUAAACAGUUUAAAGCUAAAAUGUAUAAUUACUUAACAUUUUGCCAUCUACUUUUACUUCUAGCAAUUAAAUUGCGGACAUUGAACUGGCGAAUAUAGAUAAUAAUUAAGUUAUUGUAGUGGUUGGAAGAGAAUUAAGAUUUUUUUCAUCUUAGAUUUAACAAUCAAAGACGACGUUCAUGCAAAAAAAUGUACUAAGCAAAAGCUCAGGUUCUUAUUAAAGACAUAAUGGAUAAAUAAACGGAGUUGUUUUCGAUUAAAGUUAAAACCUUUUUAUUACUUAUAGCUCGGAUGGUGCCUUUGCAGUGUGGGAUAUAAUACAAAAUAAUAUGCUGAACUAAAAACCACUUUAUUUUUAAUUACCUCCUUGGUGUUAAUAAUAAGAUUUUUGUUAAACUCCCUUAAAUAAAGCCUAAGUAAUUAUGAAUGGAGUUAUUCUAUCAUUGUACAGUAAUAACAUAUUUAUAACUUGGAAUAUCAGCAGAUAUUCAGUAUCUCUAAGACAAACAUAUUAACUCCCAAGUUAAUAACUCUAAAUAAUAAAUUAUGGUUUUUUCAAUCAAUAUCUAUUUAUGAGUAACAACAAGGAGUUAUUAAUUUAUAAUUUUAGUUAAAGUGAAACUUAAAUAGUGAAUAGCUAAUAUUAAGUUUUUACUGGAAAUAUAACACAAAUUUAAUUGGCAUAAUUUAACAACACGUUUUACUUGCUAGAGACUCUUCAAUUAUAAUUAUCUAAUGGUACUUAAUCAUUUUUAAGAGCUUCAUACCUUUCAAAUUUUACUCUUUUCAAGAAUGUAACAAUUUAAUAAUAAUGCUUGGAAUUAGAAUAUUUCUAGUAGACCUAAAGAAUUAUAGUUAAUUAUUAUGCUUAAAAUCUUACUGUUAUUUCUUUCCCUCUCUUGAAUUCUACAAAUAUUUAAUCUUAUGAUACUCAGAUAGUCACAUAAGUAUAUUCACCAAGUUAAGACUCUUUCCUCUUUAUAACUUCAUCUACAUUAAUGAUUUAGUACCUUCGAAAUGGUACUUCUUACUCAUUAAAUUACCCUGAUAAUGUUCCUCUACCAAGGACUAACUUUGGACUUAUCUACAAACAGCAAAUUUUAACAACUUCUAUUGGUUAUUCAUAUUUUUAGAAUACUGGUUUUUCUCAAAUGGGAAAUUUUAUUAUCAAUCUGGUAUAUAAUAAUUACAGAACAUGCUCACUUUUUUCCUUUAAAGACGAAAUAUCAAGCAUAAGCAUAAUUAAUAGUUCUAUUGCUUUUGUGGGUUUUAAAAAUGGAAAUAUUCAAAUUGCUUAAUACUCAUGUGAUAAUUAAAUGUAUGGAAUAAGUACUGUUAGUACUUAAAAUAUUAUUUAUAAUCAAUACCUAAAAAAGAAUUACUAUUUUGCUUUAUCAAAAAUAAUAAUUGCUGAUUUGUACAAUAAGACAAGCAUAACGCUUCCUUACGGACACCCUAAAACUACAUCAGUUAAAGUUAUACAAGACGAUAUUAAUGGAAACAUGAUUACUUAUUCAUUAGAGAGCACAUAAAAUUUAUAUAAAUUCGAUUAGAAAAAUUAAGUUGCAACGUAAUUUUUGAAUGGCCAUAAUGCUACUGUAGAUUAUGCUUUUUUAGAUGUGAAUAGAGGUGUUUUAAUAACUCAUUCAGCUGAUUUAAAGGAUUUAUAAGUUAUUGUUUGGUCGUAUAUAUUUACUACUCAGUUAAAUGUGUUUUUAGAUAUAAAAUAAUUUAAUCAACUUACUCCGAUUGUUAGCAUUUCUGCUGCUCUAAUAGAUAUGGAUAGAUAAUAAGUGAUGAUACUUACAACUUAAGGAACUUUAUUUAGUUUUAAUUAUAUUAACUAUAAAGUUACUACUUAAUUUUUAAUCUAAAAUGCUAUCACAUUUUACUUAGAUUCUAUUUACUAUAAAUUCUAUUUACUAUGCAAUAUAAAUAGAAUUUAAGUAAGGAACUAUUUGACCCUUAAUCUUGAAAAUGAAAUUGUAGCAAACUCACCAAUUCAGAUAUAAACAAUUACUCCUAGAAAAAAUUGGAUAGUUAUAGUUUCUUAGACAUAUUUAACAAUAGUAAAUAGAAGCAAAUAAUAAUACUAAUCUGGUAUCUUUUGUGGUAACUAUUGUGGAAACUACGUGGUUUCUGAUAAACUUAACUAACUAUUUUCCUAUGCAAGCAAUAACUCAAACGGCUUAGACGUUUUUAAUAUCAUAAAUGGAUAGUAUCUUUAUUCUAUAAAUGGCUAUGAAGAUUUAAAUAUAGGCACAAUCAGAUUAGUUUUAAUUGAUGAUGUUAACUAUCUACUUUUUAUAGGAAAGCUAAGUUUCUUUACGACUGCUAUCUUUAACUAUCUCACAUAACAAUACGUUGGUUUUUCAUUUGAAUCCAUAUUCCUAUUUUAUGGCUUAAUAAAUAAUUAAUUUAAUAUGGUGACUGUUGUUGCUAGUAAUGCAUACAACAUGAGAAGUCUUCAGGAAUAAGUUGUUAGUGCAUUUAAAUUUUAAGAUAAUUACAAAGUAAAGUCAAUUGAUUACUACACUAGCAGUCAAGGAGACAUAUACUUUUUAGAUGGCAAUCAAUAAGUUAAAAGAUACAGUUAGCAAGAUUAAUAAAUAAAAAUUAUUAGUUAACUUUAAAAUUAUAGAUAGAUAUAAUACUUUAAUGGAUUUGUUUAUGUUCUUAAUUAAUAACAAUUAGUAAAAUAUACUGACAAAUUUGAAUAGAUACCUUAAAAUUCUACUUUAAAUAUGUUUGGAAACCAAAUACUUGGUGUAUAAAAUAAUUAGAUAUUUAUCUACACUUUCAAUCAAACGAUUGUAUAAGUAGACUGUUAAUAAUUAAUAAUAGUAAACUAAAUUAAUCUAACUUCUUCUCUAAUCUAAUAUUCCUUCGUAUAAUCUCUUAAUGACUUGAUAAUAAUUUCUCAGGAUGGUAGCUUAAUAAGAUAUAAUUAUAUUAGUUAUACUACUCUAUUAUAAAUAUCUGCUGGUUAUUAUUAUUUUUAUUGUAACCUCGAUUUAAAUUUGAUUUUUAUUGCUUCAUCAGCAAGACAACAAAUAGAAGUCUAUUACUAUUCGAGCUUAUUUACUAAUUUUACUAACUUUUAGCUCAGAAAUUUAACUUAUUCAAAUACAACAAUCAUUAGAUAGAUGUUUAUUGAUUAGUAGUUCAGUAAUUUAUUUAUUGCAUAAUAAAAUGAUAGGAUAAUAGACAUCUAUUCCUUUUAAUUUACAAAAUAACCACCCAGCAUUAAUUUCACUAAGGCAAACUACAUACCAUACAUAAAUGCAGCUAAAUAUAUAAAGGUAAAUUUUGUUGAUAAGUACAUUUAAGUUUAAAUCCCUUGGUCUAUUUCUUACUAUGACAGAUAAUCAUUUAAUUUCUAAUGGCAAGUUUAAGAUCCAAUUUUCAUUUAAUCAAUAAAUUAAUACAUAAGUGAUCCCUCAUAUCCAGAGCUAGUAUUCAUCACUUAAAAUACUCUUUUCACUAUAGUGUAUUAAAAUAUAUCAACCUAAACAUUUAAUCUUUUAGUUAACUACACACUAGACUAUCCAAUCAUAUACAAAUUAAACAUAAACAAAAAUUUUGAUUUAUACUCAGUCUAGACCCUAUUACUCGUCAGUGGAGACAUCGUUAAUUACUAGAUUAGCAUUCCAAUAGUUAAUGGUAUUCCUUAAUAAAGCUAUUUCAAUAAUUGUUUUGUUUAAAUAAGUAACCCUUCAGCAUAAUUUUAAGUUUAGAAUUAAUUGUCCAAUCUAUAAAGCUAUUUUUCCUCAUUUAAUUACCAAUCUUAAGGAAUAAACAUACUGAUUAAUGGCUCAAAUUUCAUAUAUUAUUCUGAUCAAAUGAAAAGCUUAAAUGCCUUCACUUAGUAUUAAGGAAAUUAACUUACUGAUAGCUUAGAUGUUGACAAUAAUUUAUUCAGAAAUAACUAAAAUUAUGAAUUUGAUUUAUCAAAUUAUAACUUAGUUUUGCUAAACAAACCAGUUAGAGCAUAAUUUAGCCAAUAUACAAAUGUUUUGUAGUUGACAAAUAUUUCUUUUUCUUAGUCUGAUUAAACUCAGACAGUGAAUACUACAAUAAUCAUUUCGAAUAUGUCUAAUAUAGUGUUUAGAAAUAUAACUUUGAAAUAAAUUAGACUAUAAGGAUAGGUAAGCUUAUUUAGUUUUUAUAACUGCUCAAAUGUCACAAUUGAGAAUAUUCAAAUCGAAAAUGUCGAAAUAUUUGAUUUAAUUUCAAUAUUUAAAUUUUAAGAUAUUUCAAAUAUUUAAAUCAGCAAUUUAUCUCUAAAAUAGAUAAGCUAUUAAGCUUCUACUACUACUAAUAAUAAUAGAGUUUUAAUUGAAACUAAUUAGCUGAAAUAGUAUUUAUUUCAAUUCUAUUAAAUUCAAAUAUUAAAUAUUUAGUAACUUUAAAUAGAAAAAAUUAAUGGAAAUGAAAACCAAAUAAUUUUUGAUAUUUAAUAAAGCAAAUAAAAUAAUUUCAGUAAUGUUUAUAUAAGUCAAAUCUUAAAUACACAAAUAAUUUGUUACGUUAACUUUUUUUAAGAAAGUCUUCAAACAAAAUUUUUAUAUGAUGACAUUUUGAUUCUAGCAAAUUUUAAUAUUUUAAAUUGCCAAAAUUUUAUUUCUAGUGUAAUAUACUUUAAAGGAACUUAGCUUUAAGUUACAUAAUCUCAAUUUAAUUAUAUUAAUUGCUAAAGUUGCACUGGAUCAAGCAUUAACAUAUAUCAAACUGAAAUAAUUACAAUAUAGAAUAGCUAAUUUUAAAAUAACUUUGGGCAAAAUGGCGGUAGUUUAGGAAUUAUAGAAUGUUUAGGUAAUUAAUCUUAAAUAAUAAAUUCAUAAUUUAUAAGGAAUAAUGCUUCUAACAGUGGAGGUGCAAUCUAUUUAUCUAAAUCCUAUAUUAAACUAUCUAAUGAUGUUUUUAAAGAAAAUUUUGCUCUAAUUGGAGGAGCUAUUAGAUAUGUUAACGGCAAACCAAAAUAUUUUAAUAAAAAAGACUUUUAAAGCAGCGGAGUUUAAUUUGAUUCUAAUUCUGCUACUAUCCAUAGCUAAAACUGGGGCUCAUACUUAUAAUACGUGGUUCCUUAGUAAAUAAAUAUUAAAAAAGAUAGAUUAAUUUAAGAGUAGCUAUAAGAAAUAGAUAGCUCAAAUUUAAAAUAAAGAUAACUUAAAAAAAGAUAAUAUUCAUUUAAAAAUAUAUAAAGUGGAGGAUUUGUUGAUUUGCAAUUUUAAAUAUAUGAUGAAGAAAAUAACCUCCUCAACUAUAACAUUACUAAUUGCGUAAAUAAGAUUUAUCCUUAAUAAAUAUGCGAUGAGUUAAGUCUAAUUGAACUUACUUUAUUUUCAGAAGAUAGUAACAUUCUUAGAGUUUUAGGAUCUUAUAUGGCUUAAUACAAGUCAUUUAUACAGUCAAUUUCAGCUUUUUAAAUAUUAGGAACAUAGAUUAUGGGAAAUCCUUAAAGUUAGUAAUUUAUCAUUUUAUAAGCAUAAGGUCUAAAGCAGUAUGAGGAAAUGAUAAGCAAUGAGGAUUUGAUUUAUUAGUUAUCUGAAAAUAUCUACUAAGAUAAAUAUGAGAUUAAUUUUCGUGAUUGUCAAAUAGGUGAAAUAUUUUAACUUUCUCAAGAAAUAUAUUUAUGCCAUGUGUGUUUAUAGGGGACAUAUUCUCUCUAAACUCCAAAUAAAAGUGAAUAAACUCAAUGCAAAUCAUGUCCUGAAGAAGCCAGCUUUUGCUUUAAAAACUAAAUGGAGCUGAAACUAGGUUAUUGGAAAAGCAAAAACCUCACAGAUCUAAUUUAUUAAUGUGAUUUUUAUGAUAAUUGUAAUGGAGACUAAAUGAAAAAUUAUUGUAUUGAGGGGCAUUAUGGUCCACUUUGCUAAUUUUGUGAUGAGAAAGGAGUUAUGUGGGGAUCAUAGUAUCAAUACAAUAACAAGAACGGUUGUGUUAAUUGUACAACUAUGACUAUAGUCUAUGCUAUAUUUAGCGCCUUACUAAUUACAACAAUACUAGUCUUAUUUUUUAUUUUCAAUAUAUUUCAAUCUAUAAAAGCAUCUUAAAGAGUUGUUUUAGCUCACUACUUGCGUAUUUUUAAGUUUUUAAGCAUAAGUAGAUCAUCUCAAAAAAAUGAAGUUAAUUUGGCUGUUAAGGCCUUUACUUCAUUUUUACAACUAUAUAAAUUAAUAUCAGACUUUAAUAUAAAGCUUCCUUCAAUAAUAUCUAUCGCUCCUGGUCUAUUUGGAGAACCUUCAUCCUCUUUAAUUUUCAAUACCACAUGCUAAAUAGCAUAUUUAGCAACAGAUAAUAUGCCUAAUUUGUAUUGGAAGUCAUUGUUUUCUAUGCUUUCUCCAUUAAUGUUUGCCAAAUUAUUGUUUCUAUUUUACUUUAUAUUGCUACAUUAAAAAUACAACAUAAAACUGAAUAAAUCUCAACUAAUUUUUAGUUUUAUUUUCUUACUCUAGUAUACAUAGCCUAAUAUUGUUUAGCAUUUGAUUUAAUAAAUUACUUGUAGAGAAAUUGAUGGAAAGAAGUAUAUCAGAGCUGAUUAUACUUACGAAUGCUAUACUUAAUAGCAUAAAAACUAUAUCUUUUUAAUGCUUGGACCGGGACUUUUGCUAUAUAGUAUAAUAUAUCCUACUUUCAUAUUUAUUGUGCUAUAUAGAUCAAGAAAAUAAUUAAGUGACGCCUUAGUUAGAUUAAAAUAUGGAUAUAUCUAUUAAGAUUAUAAAGAAAAAUGCUUUUAUUGGGAAAUACCAAAAUAUUUGUUGAAGCUGUCUAUAAUAAUAGUUUUAAAUUUUUAUAAUCCUUCUUCGUAAAAAUAUAAAUUCUUAGCUAUAUUUAUGGCUAUUGUAGCUUACUAUGUCUCGUUAUGUGUAUUUAAACCUUACUAAAUAAAAAGGUAUUAAUAGAUAGAUUAAAAUAGUUCUAUUAUUUUGAUGAUUGUUUGCCUACUUAACUACUUUUUAAAUACGAGUAUUAGUGACUUUGAAGUUUAUUUUUAUUAUACACUUUUAUUACUUUGCUAAUAUGUAAAUGGUGGAUAUUUAGUGUUGCUUAUAAUCAAAUUUUAGUUAAUAGCAAAUUUCGAUUUCAUAAUAACUAAAUUACACUCUAAAUUUAUUUGUUUAUAACAACUUUUAACAAAAAUUAAAUUUAGUUCAGAAAAGGAUAUUUAAAAAGCAUUAAAAAAUUGGAUGAUAUUAUAUAAAAAAUUAUAACAAAUUAAAGUAUAAAAAUCACCUAAUCUUAAUGUUUAAGAUCAAAUGUAAAAUGCUGAAAGAUUAUAGUUUGAUAAUAAUUCCGUAUAAGUUAAUAACGAUAGGGUUAAGAAUAGAUUAAGCUCUUUAUUAGCAAAAAGAAAAUUUAAAAUAAAUUAAAUUUAUGGUUAAAUUGAAGUUGACACUAUUCUAGAAAAUGAAAAUUAGUUUUAAAAUGAUUAAGAAAACACAAUGGCUGAUUAAUCGCCUUUAUAUUAAGAAAGAAGAUCUAGCCAAUCAAGUCCUUUAUGCACGAAAAGCAAUUAUACAAGUCCAUUGAUUAAUAUUUACGGAACUAUUUAAGUGGAUACUCUCCAAGAGGAAAUUAAUAAUUAAAAAUUAACUCAAAAUGAAUGA